AUGAAGUUCAUCAAUACUUUGCUUGCCGUCGUCGUCGCUGCCGUCUCCUCCCAGUCGGUCAACGCCUUUGACUGGGGCACUAUGUGUAGCGAUGCCAAUUUCGUUGGUUCCUGCACCACCUACCAGGCUGAUCCUAACGAGUGUGUCAGCUUCACGGGCAGCAACACCUUCUGGAACGACAUAGUCAGUUCCAUCUCCAUCGUUGGAGGUGCCCAGUGCAUGUUCUCUGUCAAUGCUGGGUGCUCUGGAACUACUGACACCUUCCAGGCCGGGAGGCACAACACCGUCCCCCACAACGAUCAGUACAGCUCUUUCCGUUGCAUUUUCGUCGCCUAA